AUGGUACAUCAUAAAGUUACAAUUAUUGGAUCUGGUCCAGCAGCUCAUACUGCAGCUAUAUAUUUAGCUAGAGCUGAAAUUAAACCAACAAUGUAUGAGGGAAUGUUAGCAAAUGGAGUAGCAGCAGGUGGACAAUUAACAACUACAACAGAUAUUGAAAAUUUUCCUGGUUUUCCACAAGGUAUAAAUGGUACAAAAUUAAUGGAACAAAUGAAAGAACAAAGUGAAAGAUUUGGUACUGAAAUUAUUACUGAAACUAUUUCAAAAUGUGAUUUAUCAAAAAGACCUUUUAAAUUAUGGACUGAAUUUAAUGAAGAUGAAGAACCAAUAACUACAGAUGCUGUUAUUAUUGCAACUGGUGCAUCUGCAAAAAGAAUGCAUAUUCCAGGUGAAGGUGAUUAUUGGCAACAAGGUAUUUCUGCAUGUGCUGUAUGUGAUGGUGCAGUUCCAAUUUUUAGAAAUAAUCCAUUAGCUGUUGUUGGUGGAGGUGAUUCAGCAUGUGAAGAAGCUUUAUUUUUAACUAAAUAUGCUUCAAAAGUUUAUUUAUUAGUUAGAAGAGAUCAAUUAAGAGCUUCAUCAAUUAUGCAAAAAAGAGCUAAAAAUAAUGAAAAAUUAGAAAUUUUAUGGAAUACAGAAGCAAAAGAAGCAAAAGGUGAUGGAAAAUUAUUACAAUCAUUAUUAAUUUAUAAUAAUAAAACAAAACAAGAAAGUGAAUUAAAAGUAAAUGGUUUAUUUUAUGCUAUUGGUCAUAUUCCAGCUACUAAAAUUUUUGAAGGACAAUUGAAAAUGGAUGAUACUGGAUAUAUUGUAAAUAAACCAGGUACUGCUGAAACUUCAAUUGAAGGUGUUUUUGCUGCAGGUGAUGUUCAAGAUAAAAUUUAUAGACAAGCUAUUACUUCUGCUGGUACUGGUUGUAUGGCAGCUUUAGAAUGUGAAAAAUUCAUUGUUGAACAAGAAGAUUAA